CUAUUUAUUCCUUAAUCUCCAUCAUCGUCCCAAACGUGCUUUCGAUAACGGCAGAUGGCCAGAUGUUCAUUUUAUUCAUCCUGACAGCUGCUCAAGGUCAUGUAGCAUGCUUCUCCAACCACUCCAUACGACACCUGCUUGCCAGCCUUCAGGAUAUCUAUAAUAGUGCACGUUCAUCGCCUCUUCUCCUGCUCUUUGCAGCCUUUUCACCGCUUCAAGGCAGAAUCAUUGAAGCACCACGUGAUUCAAAAUCACCUAUAUAGUCCCAACUCUUCUCUUCCUCUGCUCUUCCAUCUCUUCCUCCCACCACCCUUUAUCUCUUCUUCCCACCUCUUUUUAUCUCUUCCUCUCACCACUUCUCUCCUACGUUUCCUGCACAUCACUCAGCUUUCUACUUGCUCUUCCUUGCCUUCCAAGCUACUGCCGGCGAUCAGUAGAGCGUUCUCUUGUUCCAGUCUUGAGCACAGUCACUAUGGAUGACAAUUCAGAUGACGAUGAUGAUCAUCUUUCAACCAUCAACCUUACUCCUUCUGAAGCCAAUACUGGCGCUUCAGACGAGUAUGGCCUCUCACAUGAUGAGGAUGAUGAUCCUCUAGCUGCAGCAAAUGCUGCCGAUGACGACCCAUCUGGCGCUCCCGAAGACGAAGACGAAUAUUCACUCACCGACUCUGACGCAGAAGAAGCACACGCGUUCCGCCAUGCUGCCGCAGAAUAUCGAUGGCGCUUCAAUCGUGUCCAUCACAAAUCACGGGAGCGAAAGAGAGCAAUAGAAGAACUAAACGCGAGGAUUAUAGACCUGGAAGCAAGAAAUCGGCGGCUUAAUGAGAGAAUUGUAAGACUUAGCCAACCGAGGGACACACUGAGGAAAACUCAAGUGACUUGGCCAGAUCGCAUUGGCAGUGAGAGCUGGGAAACAAUCUACAAGCUCUCGUGCUUGGAGGGAAAUGCUUCGCCUAAACUCACAAAACUUCAUCCGGAUCUAAAUCUGAGAAGGCCUACGAACAGAGAGCUACAAGCAGAUCUAUUGCAGGACGACCCCUCAGAGCAUCAGAGGCCGCGGCCUUCUGAUAUGCUUGCGGGCAAGACGCCUGGGGGCAACGUACUUAGGGGAAAGCUGCCUACGAAAAUACCUGAUGAGAUACAAUUCCAGAUUCUACGACAUUUCUUCGACUUUCGAGGCAAGGUGGUCCAUGCCAUAUCCCGCCUAGACCCGCAUCAUCCGUUAGAUGAAGCGCCCAUGAAUCUCAAUCAAAGGCCAAGCUACCUCCAUCGCCUACACGUGGGAAGGACUCCGGGUCGCUUUGCCAAAGGUAUUAGAGCAAAUGUUCAACGGCUGCAGCAUAUUGAGAUUUUCUGGCAAGGGUCGCAGCAUCUCACCUUUGAGAUCAAUGACCGCGGGAAAUAUACAUCACGCCGCACAUUCGCGCUCGUGUGGCUUCCGGAGGCCAUUCGCCUCAAGACUCUUGGUGUCUACGUUCAAGAGUCCAAUGAGGAGUAUAUGCGUCGCCAACAUGAACCGAGGGGCAUAGUCGAGCACAUGAAGUGCAAAAUGCAAAUACACCCGAACUUCAGAGGCUUCCGAUCACUACGCACGAUACAAGGCAUGGACUAUGUUUAUAGCCUCCGAGGCCUAGACCAAGCUGAAUUCUGGGAUUUCGACCGGUGGCUUCAUACAAAAGAGAGGAGGCGACCAGUGCGAGACUGGCACUUUGUAAAGGACGUGAACAACUCUGUCCGGAGGCCUAAAGAAGCCGGUGAUCGUUGUAAAUCACAGUUGAGGAAUCUCUUUCCAUCACUCAAUUCGUUUGAGCCAUCAGAUGCAGAUUGGGAUAUUCUGCUCAGAGGUCUCGGGGUAGUAGAGGAGAACUCUCCGGAAGACUCGAGUUCGGAUUCUGACCCCGACUCUGGUUCUGACCCCGAUUCUGGUUCUGAUUCUGAUUCUGACUCUGGUUCGAACCCUCGCCAAAGUCGUCCUCCGAGCUCUGGUCCGGAUUCAGGUUCUGAUGAGAGCUCAGAUGAUGACGGCGACGAUGAUGCCCCAUCACAGGCAAAUCCGUGGCAUAAUAUGGGGGACAACUCAACCAACACCGAAGAAGACGGUGGCCCUUCUACAGGGGACUCGCAAGCGAACGAUCUGCUCAACAAUUUCCACUUGCUUCGCUUGAUGGCCAUUGACGGUGACGGUGACCAGGAGAGCGAUGAUGGAUCCGCCACUGUUGUGCCAGAUGACCGAUCAGUCUCUGGGCAUCAAGUCAUUGACCUUACGGAGGAUGAAGAUAAUGAAGAUCAGCCAAACCAAGAGCUUGACCAAGAACUUGACCAGGGGCUUAACCAGGAGCUCGUCCAGGAGCUCGUCCAGGAGCUCGACCAUGAGAUCGACCAUGAGAUUGACCAUGAGAUUGACCAUGAGCUUGACCAUGAGCUCGAUCAAGAGCUUGAUCAAGAUAUAGCGUCUUCUGAGCAAGGCUCAACCAAUGGGAAUGUAGAGGGCAGCCUCUUUGUUGACGAUGAUGGAUACGCCCCGUCAUAUACAGAAUCACACACACGAAGCACGCAGGGCAAUAGAAGCACGGGAGGUUGUGGGCGCGAUUCUGAUGAUCCUGACGGUUCCGACGGUUCAAACAUUUCCCCCCCACGGACCGCAGAAAGCGAAGCAAGUUUAUUCGUCGGCUCCGCACCUUCGUAUAUAUAUCGAACAGCAUCGUCGUCGACGACUAGACGACAAAGCGAGAGAAACGAUAUAUGGAUUGACCUCACGGAAGAAGAUCCGACUGACCAAUUCCUCCCCGAAAAAUCGACUGCGUCUUCAGACUCUCGUAAACGCGACCAUCUUAAGCUCGAAAAGGACGAGGAAGACGAAGGCGAUGGUGGCGCUCCGGGAGGCGCGAAGAGGCUUUGCACGUAGAAAGGAAAGGCGCAGGCAAAAUGAAAGUGAGUGAGUGGUCGGUCAGGGUUAAGAAGGACAGGGACAGCAUCUCGAAGAAGGAUGUCUAAUUUGGGUUCCAAUCCAUAGAAUUUCGCUUUCCCGCUAGCUUUAUUUAGCUGAUAUCUGCG